AAAAGUAGCUCCAUGGAAAUGCCAAAACCCAAAAGGGUCGUCUCUCUCAUUUGUGACCACUCUCGCCUCCAUUGAAGAUAUGUAUUGAAAGAGAUAGAGAGAGAGAGAGAGAGAGAGAGAGACGGAGAGGGAACCGUCCAUGGAAGAUUUCAGAUCAAAAUCAUGUGGGGAUGGAAGGAUGGAGAUGGAGAGUAGACCCUCAUCGUAUGGCUAUGUGCAAGACCUUAGGUGUUACAGUGCUUCUUAUGCACAAACCCAGAUGGGAAACACUGAGAUUAAGUUCAAGAAAGGCAAAUCCAUAAAUGGGUCCGCCUUAAAAGGUUGGGGUUUCGGUGAUCCUGAGCUGCAGAGGAAGAAGAGGGUCGCUGGCUAUAAGGUUUAUUCUGUAGAAGGCAAAGUGAAGGGGUCUCUGCGGAAGAGCUUCCGGUGGUUCAAGCAAAGGUGCGCCGACGUCGCCCAUGGCUGGCGGUGACUCUUUACUCUAGGUAUCUUUAUCCCUAUUCCCUUUUCUUUUCUUUUUUUUUCUUUUUCUUUUGUCUUUGCUCAUUUUUUGUUCACUUCAGUUGAGCUGUUUUGUCAAUUUUCAGACUUGUAAGUGUGGGCUGUUGUGAAUUGUUCAUGUAUGAUGUCUUUGAUGAACUUUGUUGUUUUGUAAA